UUUUUCUCUCUCUCCUCCCCCACUCUCUCUUUUUUUUUUCUCCUCCAUUGGAAUGCCAGCCCAGGAACGCUCCUCGGGAACAGCAGGGGAAGGAAGCAGGAUGCUUUAGGACCCGGGAGUCCCUCUUUCUUUCUCUCUCUGCUGUGGAUGGCGAGAGGGGGGUGCGCUUGUGUUGGUCAGGAAAGGAAAUGUUGCCUCUUUUUUUUCCUCUUUUCUGGUGACAGAUGAGAGAAAUCCCCUCCGAGAGAGAGAGGGAGAGAGGGAGAGAAGUGAAGUCAGUCACCUGGCGGUGAAGGACAGUAAAAACAGGACCGGGAAGGCGGCGGCGGAGGACUGGAAGGAGGGAGAGGAGAAAAAAGCUCUUCUCCUUCCACUCUCUGCAAGAGAGAGAGAGAGAUACCCCCCCCCCCUUUUUUUCUCUUUUUUUGCGAAGAGAGGGAAGGACAGAUACGGUUCUUUCCCGAUUCUCCUUCCCUUGCCCUCUUUCUUCCUCCUCUCCGGCAUCCGUGGGUCCCUUUCCCCCCGAGGCUGAAGGCAGCCUCUCCUUGGCCGGGGGCUCGGGCGUCGGAGGAUUGAGAGGCGGCUCUGGCUUCUCUUCCCCAACGGGAGCCAUGAAGGCGGACCGGGCACGCUCCUUCUUCGCCUCUCCCGGUUUUGCUGCAUUGGGGAGACGGAGAACCGACGACAGCGCCGCCGGGUUGUGGCUUUCCUCUCGGAUGGGGCUCCACGCUUGUUCCUAAGAGCCGCGCUUUUGUUUCGUGGCCAUCUCGGGAUCUCUGCUGCUUCUCCGGGUGGGAAUCACCUGUCGCUGGGGUUCGGGAAAAGCGGGGACCGACAGGUUGGGAUCCCCUCCCGGAGCAUGACAUUCCCCGGGAGGACGAGGCUGAGUGGUUCCCGGCGGCCAGUCCCAGCCUAGGAUUGCUCUCUAUGUGUCAUUGGCGAGCGGCGGGGAAAUUGGCACAACUUCGACGCCGGGAGGGAGCUCCUUGCUGCUGCUGCUGCUGCUUCCUCGCCUUCUUCGGGGCUUCCCGGCUUCCCGUUGCCUCCCUCUCCCGUCGCCCCUUCCCACCGAUGGACAGAUCCGCCAACCUGGACAUUGAGGAGCUCAAGAUGACACGAGAACAGUAUAUAUUGGCAACACAGCAAAACAAUCUGCCAAGAACAGAAAAUCCUCAAUUUUAUCCAGUAGGAAUUUAUGGUUGGAGGAAGCGGUGCCUAUACUUCUUUGUCCUUUUACUCUUGGUGACCAUGAUAGUUAACCUAGCCAUGACGAUAUGGAUUCUAAAAGUAAUGAACUUCACAGUGGAUGGAAUGGGAAAUCUGAGAGUCACCAAAAAAGGAAUUCGGCUCGAAGGUAUAUCUGAAUUUCUGCUUCCAUUGUAUGUGAAAGAAAUCCACUCCCGAAAGGAUAGUCCACUGGUCUUACAAUCUGACAGAAAUGUUACAGUGAAUGCAAGAAAUCAUGUGGGACAAUUAACUGGACAACUUACUGUAGGUGCUGAUGCUGUAGAAGCUCAGUGUAAAAGAUUUGAAGUGAGUUCAAGUGAGGAUGGGAGGGUGCUCUUCUCCGCUGAUGAAGAGGAGAUUGUUAUUGGAGCUGACAGACUGAAAGUCACAGGCAUUGAAGGGGCUGUAUUUGAGAACUCUGUGGAGACCCCCCACAUCAGAGCAGAACCUUCACAAGACCUCAGACUUGAAUCGCCAACUAGAUCUUUGAUAAUGGAAGCUCCAAAAGGAAUACAAGUGAGUGCAGCUGCAGGGGACAUAAAAGCCACCUGUAGAAAAGAGCUUCACUUGCAAUCUACAGAAGGAGAGAUAUUUUUAAAUGCAGACUCAAUACGACUAGGGAAUCUACCGUUGGGUUCAUUUUCAUCUUCUUCCUCUUCACCAAGCUCAUCGGCUACUCGACAGACUAUCUAUGAGCUUUGUGUUUGUCCCAAUGGUAAACUUUACCUUUCGCCAGCAGGAGCAGGCUCCACGUGUCAGUCCAGUAGCAACAUCUGCUUGUGGAGCUGAAAGAACUCCUGACCUCUCCUCGCACCAGAAUAGCCUUUUUGUUACUGUCCCUCUCUUCACAGUUGUGCUCGGUUUUCCUCGUGCAGUCAUGAAACUCCAAACAGACCACAGAAUAACCUCUUCCAAUGUAAGCAAGGAAUAAAACACAGCCUUGUCUGGCAUAUGGACAUUCAAGAUGGAAGAAGGCAGAAGGCAAUCAAAUUGUUGCCUUCAUCAGGAAACCUGGAUCUUCAUAUCAAAUUUUGUCCAAAAGGGAGAAUAACACAGGUGCCUUUGCUAUAUAUGAAGUGAAGCACAUUGUUUUAGGUUUUUGCAGGAACUGUAAAUGAGAAACUGCACAUAUAUACAUAAAUAUAGAUGAAUAGAUAUAGAUAUUAUAACUAUAUAAAAUUGCCCAGAGUCUAAAGGUGAGAUUAAUUGGUAUGAUAAAUAACUUUAUUGUCUGAAAGCACAAUUUUCAUAUGCCCAUCACUUUUGGAUGUAAACUUUUAUCCCAGAAUUUUUUAAAAAUGUCAAAGCAUUGUAUAAUGCUUGCUCUACUAAACUAUUAAAAUGUCAUUCAUAUUCUGGACAGCAAGAGACAGGAUCCCUCCUUUGAGAAUAAGAAGAUGGGAAAGUACAUUGUUAUUAUUUGUCUUCAUCUAAGUUUUUAAACAUUGUGUUGAUAUUUUGGAAGCACUUAGUGAUUUAACAUAUUCGUACAAAAAUAACACAAUUUUAAGCUUUUGUUCAGCUUUGGAAUGAUUAUCUAAAUACUGCACAUAAAUCAUUUGAUUUUUUUAGCAAAGGCAAUUUGGGACCCAGAGAAUGAUAUAGAAGCACCAGACAUGGCAGGAAGCUGAGGGUAAAUGGGUCCGUGAACCUGGUCAAUAACAUGGAAGAAAGAUCACUAAGAACUCCAUGACAAAGUAGGAUUAUAAGCAUAAAAAACUUGGGCUGUAAAUCUUUAUUUCCUUCUUUCUUUCAUAUAAUAACAAAACAAUGAAAACAUUUUCUCUCUGCUGGGCAAGGUUAUGGGGUAUUUUUUUCACAUUUAAUUGUAUUAAUUUUGGCAGUUUUCUGUGAAAAUUUCACAAAAAUAUUUUUGCACAAAAAUAUGAACAUUCUGCAUAUUUGGCUCUGGCUGAUUCAGCUUGGGUAGACACAUUAAAUCAACUGUUGAUUAGUGAGUUAACACAUAAGAUAAAUGCAAUUGAUCUAGUGGGUCUACUUUAGCUGGGAUUAACAUAAGGAUUUAGGUCACCAUUUUUUCUCCAAAACAUACAUUAAUUUCAUAAAAUUGUUCCUGAUACACUUUUGUUUAAAUCCCUCUCCACCAAAACUCAUAUUUUUAUUCUCACAAAUACUCUUUGUAUCUUCCGAAUAAAUCAAUUUUGUUUUGUUUGUUUUUUUAAAAAAAAAAUACCAAUAGAAUUGGAGAAUAACUGUGAGAACAGGCCACUGAAGAAUUUAUCAUCAUAGACUAAUGAAUAAUCAGUUAGAUGCCUUUUUUCUUUGAAGUUAUAGUGUUUUAUAAUGGGGAAAAGAGCCAUGUCUUAUUCUGGUACCCAGUGGCUAUACAUGGAGCUCCUGUGUGCAGUGGAGAAUGCAAAUCCAUGCACACAUAAAACAUUUAUUCACUGACAUGUUCUUGAGAGCAACACCAUGACAAAUGUCUGGACUCUAAAAUAGAGGUCAGAUUUAAACAACGCCAUUCAAAUGUGAGACAUCAGAAUGAAUUACACACACAACAUAUGCAUUGACAGUCAGUUGGAAUGUUUAGCAUAUAGUCAAUUAUUUGUUAUCUGGCCUGGAUUGUGAGACAAUUUAAAGAGAUUCACAGAAGGAAAAUUCCCUCUUUUUCCUGCAGCCAUCUGUACAUCCCAGAACAUUAUCUGGGGUGUGACUGAUGUUUGCACACAGUGAAUGCAGAAAAGACUCCAAAUUGGUAGCUAUUUCCAGAAGCCUUUGUGAUGCAUUCUAGACUGUUUGGGAAUAUCUUCUCAAAUUUCUGGAAGGGUUUAGGGAAUUUAGAUGACUAUAGCAGAAAGAAGAGUGGGAAAUUUUCUUUCCCUUGGCUUUCUUAAAGUAACUUGCUUUAAAGUCCAGUCCAAAGAUCAUGAAAUUCUCAUGAGCCAAGGGGUAACAAUCAGAUUAUUUUUUGUAUGCUGUCUCACCCAUGUUUUGUUUAUCAAAUUUACUUACCUGGUUAUCAAAUUGUCAUCAUGGGAACUGAAUGGUAAAAAAAACUAAGUUGAUGAGAUGCUAAGGCAUUUGGGGAAAAUUAUACUUGGUAAAAGUACAUUCAAAUAUUCUUCAUUAAGGCUAGAUUCUCAAUGUCAUUUUUUCUGUUGUGACAAGUGAUUGGAAUGCAAGACUGGCUGACAUGUUACUCUAGAGCAGUGGUUCUCAACCUGUGAGUCCCCAGAUGUUUUGGCCUUCAACUCCCAGAAAUCUUAACAGCUGUUAAACUGGAACCACUACUCUAGAGUGUUUCCUGACACCUUGGAGAUUACAUCCCCACCCUUCCCAAUUACUGUAAUACACAGAGCUUGAGGAAGUUACAUCUCGACUACAACUUGCAGAAUCCCCCAGUCAGAAUGGUCAGUAAGUUUUCCAAGAUUUGAAUGCAGAAGAUAGAAAAUUUAAAAGGAACAGAAUAGAAGAAAUCACAAAGGAAUUGUCUUUUUUUAUUGAUACAGUCCAAAUGAUUUACUUUUAUUGAAUGUAAUCACCUUGAGGUAGGGAUGCAAAACUUUCAUUAUUUUUUCCUCACAUGCUGGGACAAAUAAAUGCCAUAGUUUUCUCUCUGUUGUAGGAAAAAAUUAAAUUCUCUUGCAAUAUUCUCCACAUUUUCAAAUGUCCCAAAGUGUGGUGAAGAAUUAAUUCCUGUAAAGAAAUAUGUGGAAUUUUUGAGCAAAUAAACUUUUUCCUUAAUAGGAAACAGUGGUUUUGGCACAGAAAACAGGGCUUUCCCAAUGUUUUUCUAUGCAGCAUAAUUGCUUUACAAUAUGCUCAAAAUACUGAGACAAAACUCUGACUGUCCAUUAUUCUUUUAAAGGGUUUUCCCAAUAUUUGAACUCUGCUUUUCAUUUGGGAAUGACAAAUAAUACAUCGGGAAUUUAUUUUCCCUUGGAAAGGCACUUAUUCAAAGACAUUUGAUAGUGACAUGUAAAUCAAGCCAGAAACUGGAUAGUGACCCGGUUCAGCAUAAAAGAGAACCAUACAUUUAUGAGUUAUAGUUAAGGCUGAAUCUCAAGUGCUUCUUCUUCUGUCUCCUCCCCCUUUGCCUCUUAGGAGGACUUUAGAUGCAUCUAACCCCAUCAGUGACUCCUGCAAUAUUAAACACUGGGUUUUAUGAGUUAUCAAUGUGGAAAUGUUCUUUGGUCUUUACUUCAUCUUCAGCAUCUGUAAGCAAUAAGAAAUCCUGUAUACUUCAAGGUGAUUUAGGCUACCAAUAUCACCAUCCCUAGCUAUUGGCCAUGGCACCUUGCUUAAAAGGUGACCUGUGAUUUAAACAAAACCCAAAGUUUGAAUGUUGCAUGGAAUUUAGUUUGCAUUAAACCAUGAUCAAAAGCUUGUAAUCCCAUGUUGAGAAAAAGCAGGUGGAGAGGAAGAAGGAUUCCACAAACCUGAGGCUUGGUGCAGCUUGUUGACAACCUGAGAAAGCAUGGAUUGCCCUCACAUCUGAACUUAAUCCAUCUGUUGUCCAAAUUUCUACAAUGAUAUUGUUAAUGAUGUCAUUUCUUUUAUUAAUCAGUUUAUUUGUAUGAACAAAAAACCCUCAAGUGAAAUCAUAGCUGGCAAGGAAACUGUAGCACAGUAUAAUCAUUCGAUUAGCAGAACAAUAGAUGGGUAUGAUUCAACCUUAGACAUUGGUAUGAGGAAAUCUUUGGUUCUCUGGAAGAAAAAAUAAUGAAAUACUAUAUAAGUUAAUGGUAUUUAAAUGUGAGUCCUUCUCUAUAUGUUUUUUUUGUCUGUGGACCUUAUUGCUAAUUUUAAACUGGUCAUUGUGCAGUUAAAAAUAAUUAAUAUGUGUACAAAGACUGUUCUCCCAGACAAUCAAAACUACUGUGGCAACCAGAAAGGUGCCUGCUUGCACUGUCAGAGCAGCAAUAGUUUGUUACUCAAGCCAAAUUAUAUGAGAAAUCAUUUGGCUCAGCAACAAAGCCAAAUCGGUUCACAGGCCUACCCAAAAGCUUCUAUGUUGUACUUGUAUCAUCUGUACACCGUCAGAUUGCUGUCACAGGAACCUCCAAUGAAACCUGAAUGUGUGCCCUGUUGAAAAGUCUAACUCUGUUGAAAAUAAUUUGAGCAAAGUCAGAGGAGCCCAAAUGAUAAAGGACAGCUGAAAAGAGAUUAGGAAAUGGGGGGAAAUAGUUGGGGAGCGAGGCCAUUUGUUUGUUGCCUGGUGUCCUGAAAUUCUCCCCUAUGACAGCAGAAUAAAUAUGUCAUAUAUCAGAGCAAUGUUUUAUUAAAUCUAUCGAUUAUGGUGCAGUAUAUAUUUCCAAAGACUAUUCUGCAAACCUGGGUAGUGAGAUACAGGGAUGUAUAUUUAUGCAUUUAUGCAUUGACACAUGUUUCUUCUAACGAUGUCUAGCCAUAUGGCAGCCUCUGAAAACUACAGAUAUUCUUCAGUAUUCCUAUGUGUAGUGAGAGUUGCCUCCAGCUUCCUAGGAUAGCCAGCUUUCUUACCUUACCCUCAUAAUCAUUCAGAAAUCUGUGGAAACAUGGUUUAUGGUUAGGUUGGACUUGCACCAUCAUGAGAAGUUAGAGAUGGCUACCUUUCCAUGUGGUUAAAGUCAACAGGGAGACUAAAACAUUAAGCAGUUGCUGGAAAGCAGUACCUAGCACCAUCAUAAUAAAACAAUGUAUGACUAGCUAGUAAUAGGUGAUAAUUGUGAAUGUUUGUGUGCAACAUAAAGGAAGUUGCUCAAAGAAGCAGAAUAGCAAUGCCUGGAAUAAUUUGUCUUGGAUGGUUCUAUCCAAACACAGAAUCCUAUAGUACGAGAAUUUCCCCUCUUAAUCCACUAUGGUUGGACAAAUGCUCCUUUCUUCAACUUGAACUGAAUUUCAGUAUGGUUUAGUUUAAAGAGUGUAUUUAUUCUUUUACACAUGAAGAACAAACACUAGGUGAAAAAGUGCAAACACUAGGUGAAAAAAAUCUCCAGAUAUACAAAAGAUGGUGUGAGAUGAAACUAAUGAACAAAAUUAAAGAUUAAUAAUGAAGAUGCCUUCCCUAUAAAGCAAUUAAAAAUUACUGUUUUGCAGUUACAGAUUAAGGAAAUGUAACCAAGCACCACUUCCUGACCUGAUGCUCCCCCAUCCACCUUAAGAAUCAGCUGCUGGAUCAUUCACUCCAAGCGGGAGGGAUAUCAUCCUUCUUGUGCCUCAAUCAUCUCCUUUAAGAUUUAGGCACACCUACUGUUAAAAGUGGAAUGUGCGCAUGCAGGAUUUUCAAAUACAGAUUACUAUUUUCAUUACUGGAGACCAGCCAUGUUUGGUUAUAAGGCAGACAUCAAAAAUAGCAAAGUUUUCUAGCUUUUUGCUUGAAUUGGUAAACCCCUCAGCGUUGUCUUCUUGCAUUCUUUUAAAACAUAUUCUCAACUUCUUUCAAUCUAAUUUUUGGAGAAAUAUUUAAAUUGUGGUAAAUUCUUACCUUCCUACAAUAAUCUUCCCAAUCCAAAGAAAAUUCUUACCCAUCUUUUGUAGGCUAACUUGGACACCUAUUGUACUCACAAAAGUCUUCCAUAUUCCUGCAUUUUAUUCCAAGCGACAAGCUAGAUCCUUGUUUUUUAAACAAAGGGAUUUACAAUUAAUCAUUAGUUCUGUUAUAUCAAUGGCAAGAUAGAAUGUCCACAUUUUGAAUUGGUUAAAAUCUGUAAAAGAGAGCCAUUGCACUUGAGGGAAGAGAGAUAAAGUACACAAAGGUCAAGUGCAAACAUGUUGCAAAGUCUAUCACAAAUAUGAACAUGCAAUGAGGUUUAUUAUUCACCUCUGUUUUUAAUGAAGUUACAUAGCUGGGAUAAUAACAUUUACCCAGAUGCUUCUUUGACUCAAGCCAGUAGUUCUUCUAACCCAGAACUGCCUCACUUUUUUUAUCAUAUCAGAAGCGAAUUGAGAACAUUCAAGUCGCUUCUGGUGUGAGAGAAUCAGCCAUCUACAAAGACAUUGCCCAGGGGAUGAAAGGCUUCUCUCAUGUCCCUGCAUGGGAAGUUAGGUCUGACAGACGGGAGCUCACUCUGUCUCGUGGAUUUGGACUUCCAACCUCCAGGUCAGCAGUUCAGCCAGCACAGGGGUUUAACCCAUUGUGCCACUGCUGAACUACUGACCUGAAGGUUGGGUUGCUGACCUGAAGGUUACCGGUUCAAAUCUGCGAAAUGGAGGUGAACUCCCGUCUGUCAGGUCCAGCUUUUGGGGACAUGAGAGAAGCCUCCCAGAAGGAUGGUAACACAUCCGGUAGUCCCCUGGGCAACAUCUCUGUAGAUGGCCAAUUCUCUCACACCAGAAGCAAUUUGCAGUAUGUUCUCAAGUUGCUUCUGACAUGAUUUAAAAAACCUGUGUCCCCUGGUAUUGUCCCACUUAAUAGGCAGUGAGAUUUUCAUGAAAGCUAUUGAUAUCAGAAAUUAAACUUGUGAUCCUAUAUGUUCAACAACUUUCUAUGUAUUCUAUGUAAUUGGAUUUCAAUUCCUUUUCUAAAGGGAAAAUCAAAGUGCUAUCUGCUAUGAGCUACCUUAAAAUACUACUGAGUCUACCACUCAGUAUAUUAGGUGGGGAAAAAACAGAUACCAAGGAAUAUUGAAUGGAAAGCCCACAAACCAAUGUGUGUGCAAUGCAAAAUACAGUGGCUAUACGCAGCAUAUAUCACUCCAGUAAGAAUUCCACUCUUCUGCUUCAUUACUCCAAAAAAAUCCCAUUGGAGAAUAUAAUGUGGAGGGAAAUAAACAUGUUCCUUCUUUAAAAAGCUGGUAAAACACAUUUCAGAAGAAAUGUAAAUUUAAAGUCAGGUGCUACGGUUAUAUGUAUCAAAGAUGGCCACUUUCUAAACACUGUCGUCUUUGUGCACCAUGGAAAAAAGUACCUCAAUUCCCCAGUUUCUCUGGCCUCUUCAGAAUUGUUUCUAAUAAAUCGUAAAUACUAGAAUAUUCAUAUAUCAGCAAAAAAAAUAUAUCCUACAUCAAGGUUUGUGGAUACUAUCUUUCUUUUCAAACUAUAAAACUAUGUCUUUCAGCACUGUUACUUGUAUUUUGGGUUUUUCUUUCUUCCUUCCUUUUUUAUCAUAGCUCAUGUAUUGGUUUAGUAUUAAAGACCAAAGACUGAUAUUUCUGUUACGUAUGACACAAGAAACUGCACUUUCAGCUCCUCACUGCUGGAAUGAUAAGACUUAUGCAUGGUUAAUUUCUACAUGAAAGAGUAACAUGCUUUAGAUCUGCCAAGUAUUUUGUGCUUUCAGCAUUUCCCAUUACUAUUUUGUUUUAACGAGAAAAUGAGUCUGGGUUACUGAGCACCGUUUUUUUUUUUCAUUCAUAGUCAAUAUAUGAAAAUGAGAAGAAAUGUGAAUUGAAAAUGUGUCAGAAUAUCUUUGCUUCAGUUAAUUGUUCAAUUAUGGAUAGGAUCUUAUGUUUUGACUCGGUGAAUGGAUUGAGUUUCAGAACUCUGCUUUUGAAUGAAUAUUUUAUGGGGCAAAAUCAGGGAUCUGGGUCUAAAUUUCUCCCUUCUCACCCCUGUGACCUGGCUGGCUCAGCGAUUGAAGGAACAAGAGAAAGAUUAUUGCCAUCCCAUCACCGUAAUAAGAGACCAGACAACAAUGUGGAUUGAAAUAUGGGCAACUUUUAUUAAAAACGUUACCCAAAUUAACUUUUUGUCAUUUGGAGCAUCUAACUAAAGGGACAUGAACCUGGUGUGUGAAAAGCUCAAAGUGACAAUUGACUAUUUCCAACAGGGCUGGUCUCACCUUGGUGAGGCUGGCAAAAAAUCUUCCCUAUGCCAGCUGUGCCAACUUGGAAUCAAAUAAGAUGAGCAUUCGAUUGUAGAGAUGAUUCAAGAAAGAAAGAUUAUCUAAUGAUCAUAUGGAAAAAAUACUUCUAAUAGCCAGUUCUUAGUUUCUUUUGUACCCUUUCGCUAAGAUCAUGCUAGCUAGCAAUUGUGUGCAUUGUAGUCAAAUACAUCUGGAUUGCCAUGGGAUAAGAAAGUUAUCCUUAUUCUUAUCCUUAUUCAUAGGAUAUCCUUAUUCUUUACAACUUAUCUAGGUAUCAGUUAAAUCAAACACGAAUAGACCACCUUGACAUGUACUCAUUCACUACAUUACAACUGCAAAGGUCCAAUGGUUUAAUGGUGUUUUCCCCCCAGGGUCUCUUAAUUUCUUGGAUUUGUUUGACUACUUUCAUGUUAAUGUUUUCCUUCUGUAUAUAGAUAUAUAAAAGAGAUGGAACUAUUUUCUUACACACUCUAUGCAAUAUGUUUGUAAAAUUGCAAUAUUACCAAAUUACAAAAGCUGUGCUUUUGUACUCUCUUGCUUUAUGUGAAACAGAUCUUUUUUCUAUUUAAAUGGAUUGAUUGUCUUAUAAACUGUAGAUAACCUAUUAAUUCACAAGCAGUAUAUGAAUAUCUUGGAUUUUUGUUGUCCUUUUUUUUUCAAUUAAAAACAGCAAGGUUUUGGAAACUGGAAUCAACCUUUCUCAGAAAGGGUAUGGCUGAAUAUUGGAUUAUACAAUAUUUGUAUAUUAGUAUAGAUCUUUCAUCAAGUGCUAAAGAAGAAAAUCUUAUAAAUACCAAAUGAAAUUCAUAAUUAUAUGCCAGGCCUGACAUGCUGUAGCAAAAAAUGUAGUACUAAAUGGGCAAUCCAAUGGACAUGUCUAAAAAAAAGCUUGGUUUUCAUUUCAAGAAAGAAUUUGCUUACAAUGAUGAUGAGGCAUCAUUAUCUGGAUUUAUAGGGUAAAAUGGAAUCUCAUUACCUUUUAGAUCAACUGACCAGUGAAGUAAUAAUUGUUAUACUGACCAAACAGGAAGAUUAUAUCAAAAACAGUGAAAUCGGCAGGGUAAUAUCCAUUUCUUCUGGAUUUCAUCUUUGUUGACACCGAAGAUAAGUUAUCUAGUUUUCAUUGUCUAGAUCAGUGGUUCUCAAUCUGGGGUCACCAAAUGUUUUUAGCCUACAACUCCUAGAAAUCCCAGCCAGUUUACCAGCUGUUAGGAUUUCUGGGAGUUGAAGGCCAAAAACAUCUGGGGACCCCAGGUUGAGAUCCUCAGAAUUCCAGGAGUUAAAGCGCAAAGGUAACUUCGCAAGCCCUGAAAAUGCCACUGUGUUUAACUAACUGGAAUUCUGGGAGUUGCAGUCCAAAAAAAAGAAGUUUUCCAAAUUAUCUAUUUUGGCUACAAUUCAAACUAUACCAAUAAUUCUCUGUUCCCCAGAAUUUAGUUCAUAUUUUGUUUUGUUAUUUGCAAAUAGUCCUUCUAGUGAUAUACAUAACGCAUAAUGGAAAGUUAUGCAUAUCACUAUUUUUUCACAAUAAAUAUAGUUUAGACUUAACAUUGUAAUCUGCCUAAAUAGGAUUCUAGUCUAAAUAGUUAAGACUCAUUCAAUACACUGCUGAAAUAUAUUUUUUUGUGUGUUCCUUUUUUUUACAGAGUGGAACUCAUGCACAAAAUAUUAAAAUCUAGUAUGAAACUAUAACAGUAUUAACACUAAAAAUACAAAUAAAAAAGAAUUUGAAAUUUGAGACCAAAGCUAAAAAUAUGCAAGUUAUUGAAAAGAUCAUAAUUGAAAAUAACAGAUUUGGAGGCCAAAAUGUGAGUUAUGGGGAUAGCCCUCCAAUGAUGUAAUUUAAUGCAUUGAUACAUUAGGCAUCAAUCACAAUUGCUCAAAGAACCUAGAGCCAAGAAGUCAACCCUUCAGAUAUAUGAACUUUACGCAUGAGUGGAUAUCAGUCUUCAUCUGUACAUCAGUUUUCCAAACUCUAAUAUUCAAAGAAUUUUGGACUUCAGCUUUCCCUGAUAAUUGGAAGUCAAGGCUUCUGGAAACUGAAGUCCAUAACACCUCGAGAACUAGAGUGUAGGAAUCACUGUCUGUACCAAAAAGACCAUAAAGAUGGUAUCAGGCAAAUCUCUUUUGACAGCCUGUUCCAAAACAUGUGUCACCACAAAAAAGGCUCUUUCCCUGGUGGGUGCCCAUCUCUUGUCUUUUGAUGAGUGCAGUGGAAAUAGGGAGUAGAAAGGUGAUUCUAUAAUUCAGGUAGAUUUAUAAUUCAGGAAAAUAUAUAGUAAACAUCAUUGUCCCAACUUUUGGAACUUUACAUGUUAAAACUUCCAUAUUAAGCCUGGCCCAGAAACAAAUAGAGUGAUUGCAAAAUAGAAAUACAAUGCAGUCAAAAGGACUGAAUUCUAGUCAUGUAGAUGCCCUAUUUUGGAUACUAUUCUGGCAUCCUUUGAUUUUGAAGGGUUUAAGGCAACACCAUAUACAGUGUUUGCUGCAUAUAUAAUUGUGGGCAAAUGUAUUCAUCUAGGGAAGUUUGCAUCUGGCAACAAAAAGCAAUGAAAGACUCUUUGAACCGGCAAAGUCACAUGCAAUUUACUUGAUCUCAGUAUUUGUAACCAGGCAACAGGCAUCAAAGAAAAUCUUCAAUAACAAUUACAUCUAAUAAUUGCAUUUAACAAUUACAUCUAAUAAUUGCAUUUAUUAUUGCAUAAACACUCUGAAAUGUGUAAGUAGGUAAAGGUAAAGGUUUCCCCUGACGUUAAGUCCAGUCAUGUCCGACUCUGGGAGUUGGUGCUCAUCUCCAUUUUUAAGCCAAAGAGCCGGCGUUGUCCGUAGACACCUCCAAAGUCAUGUGGCCAGCAUGACUUCAUGGAGUGCCGUUACCUUCCCGCCAGAGCUGUACCUAUUGAUCUACUCACAUUUGCAUGUUUUCAAACUGCUAGGUUGGCAGAAGCUGGAGCUAACAGCAGGCGCUCACUCCACUCCCUGGAUUCAAACCUGUGACCUUUCGGUCCAUAAGUUCAGCAGCUCAGCGCUUUAACACACUGUGCCACCAGGGGCUCCAAAAUGUGUAACAUUUACAUUAAUUGUAACCUUAGCAUUUAAAAAAAAAGACCUUGGCAUUUUUUAAAAAUAAGUAAAUAAAUGUACUGUUAAAAGUAUAUUUUAGUUGGGCUUCUUUUUCAUUGGUAACAAUUCUUAGAUCAAACAAGCAACCAACAGGAAGAUCAUUUUGGUCCUCCCAUUUCUGUGUAGACAGAGAUUUUAAUGCACAUACAAAGUAUUGUUUCUGGAAACCAAAAUUGCCUGGAAAACAAAUUAUCCCCUCCCAACAAACCUAUUGAUAUUUGAUUCUUACUAUUGAGGUUGUUUUUUUAUCUCUUUGAGUCAGAGUUAAUAUACUAGAUUUAAAAAUAUCCACUGGAUAAACAUUGUUCCAGGGACAAGUUAAGUAGAAUAACAACAGCACAUCAGGCUUUAUUUGUGGGGACAUUUUCCUAUGGCUUGGGAAAGUAAAACAAGCCAGAAUCCUGCAUGGGAAAUCCAUUUUUUAUAAGUGGACAUAAAUGUGUAAAAAGUAGAAUUCCAGAAUCGCAUAAUGUAUAUAUCCAGUAGAGAGCUACUGUUACAUAUCUACAUAGUAGAGCCAGCAGAAGGACUGUUGCACAAUGGAUCCAAUUGGUCACCAAUGUGCUUCAGACACUCUUGCUCAUGUUCUCUUAUUCUUAUACAUCUUUGUAAUUCACUAACAGGGUCUCUUAGUGUCUCUGCUAUGUAGUUUAUCUUGAAUGAAAUUUCAUGCAGGAUUCUGAUGACAACCUUGGGGAAAAAGAAAUGGUCAGUUUAUCUGGAUCUCCCUAUAAUUAUUAAAUUUGAUUGUGUUGCAGUGUCAGAUAAAAAUUGAUUUUUCUCCUCCUUCCCUCCCUACCUUUUCUUUCUUUCUUUCUUUCUUUCUUUCUUUCUUUCUUUCUUUCUUUCUUUCUUUCUUUCUUUCUUUCAUCUUCUGUGCACAUUUUAAGUAGUGUAUCAGCUAGGUUCAGAAAGCUUGUUUCUACCUAGCAUUGUAUUUAAAGGCCUCUUAUAGACACAGUACCCCCACAAUAAUAACAAAUAUUGAAUAUUCUUGAAAACAUUCAGCAUAUUAUCUCCAGUUUCCAAAAUCUUGCAUGGAUCUAAUACAUUAGUUUUUGAGGGGUGGGGUGGGGAGAUUAGUUUUUCAGUCUAGUACAUUAUAUACUUUUUAGAAAGUUACAAAUUAUAUAUCUAAACAACAGAAAUUUACUAGUGGCCAUAUAUUUCUGAUAACUGAAAGGGAAAAAUACAUUCAAAUCAUAUUGCCUCUUUUUUGCAGGAUAAUAUAAUUUCAUUCUUCAUAUAAAAGACUCUAUACAAGCCAAUAUAAACUAAAUUUGAUACUGUACAGUCUGUCUAACAAGUUUUACUUACGUUAGACUAUUGUGAUAAAAUAUUUACAUUCCAACACAAAAUUUCUACAUAGUGUAUUAUUCCCUUUUAGGAAAAUGAAAAAUUUGUUUAUUACUCAAAUUGAAGAAAAGUAUAUCAAUGUAUUAUCAUGUCGUGAAGUAUGAAGAGCUAUGUUAUAUCAGUUUUUAAAUAUAUGUAAAUAAACAUCUUUAUUAAUAUA